ACCAUGGCUGCUGCUGGAGUCAACGUCUGGAUCCUACUAGGCUUUGUUCUCAUCUCCUAUGGCACUGCCCCCUACGUUGCCUACGCGUGGACCGUCGAUCAGCUCCUGGCCCGGGCCCUGGUUCUCUUCCUGAUGCUGCUCAUCGAGCACCGGGCUACGCUCCUGCAGGGGCGCAGUGGCCUGCAGCAGUCGGGCUACAAGGCUUUGAUUUCGGCGGAUGAGGCGGCAUCUGCUCAAGCUUCGCGAGGUCCUGUUGAUCCGCUGUCAUCACGCUUCACAGCAGAUACGCUCUCCCGCACCGGCGGCGCCAACUCCGAUGCAGAGGACAACGCAACGCCGCCUCCCGUGGAAGGCCAAGACUUUGCCUUCCUGAACGGGCUCUGGGCACGAAUCCGCUGGUGUCUCAGUCGGUGGAAGGAUCGACAGCUCCUUUGGUGCAUGAUCGCAUAUGAUAGGAGAGCAGAAGGUGCAGAGCUUGGCAUUGCAUCCCGUGUUACGCUGACAGUCCAGCAACCUGGAGCUGCGGUGCACGAGGCGCCCUACUUCUCCGAGCGCGAGAUGGAGUUCCUCAUGCCCCGGGCCGCAGAUAUCGGGAUUCAGGUGAUCUCACGAGUUCAGGGGACCCUAUAUAAACCCUAA